AGUGUCGGUUUCUGGCAAAUCUGGCCACACUGACGCUUACAAGAAAUCACCAAAAGCCGAAACCGAAAAAUUUUCAUAAACACAUAUUUUAGAACUAUUUCAACAAAACUUAAGCUAAGAUGGACGAAAUACGCAGCAGCAUGGACAACAUGAUGGCGCAGUUCAACGACAGCGUCACCCACUCAGCACCAAAGAAACUUCUCUUCAACCGGCUGUCUACAUCUUUCACCGAUGACUUUAUUGCUUCACCAAAGAAGCGACGCAUGGACACGUCCGACAACAAUCUGAACAGUACCGGGUCCUUAAAUAGCUCCUUGAACAGCUCCCUGGGUCCGUGGCAGAACAGCCAACUGCGCGCCGAUAUAAUCGAACUGAAGGCCAGGAACAGUAAGUUGCAGCGCGACUUGGAGCGCCAGUUGAAGGAACACUGCCGGGCCAUGGCGGUGGCCGAGAGCAAAAGCACCGCCUUGAAGCAGCAGUGCGACAUAACCAGCAAGAAUAUGCUGGAAAUGGAGAGGAAUUUAAUGAUAAUGCGAAAGCGAGAAGGGGCGCUAAAAGAAGAGGCCAGCAAUGCCAGAGCAGAGCUGGCGGAGCUAAAAAUGAAGUUUGAGAACUCGGUAGAUAUGCUACAAAAGGAAAAGUCACAGCAGGAGGAGGACGCCCGCGACGUUCAGAUGUGCAUCAAUAACGACCUGGCCGAGUAUCGUCGGAUGGCUCAUCGUGCGGAUCUCGAACUGCAGGCCACGCGCUCUGAACUGGAGCGGCUCCGUCGUCGACAUGACGAGUUCAAGGAACGGGUUGCCAGGCACGAAGAACUGCGUAGCGACUUUGAGAAGCAAACCCAACGCCUGAAUGAAGCCAACGAACGCAUCAAGGAGUUGGAGUUCGAAAUUCAGUCGUACAAUGACUGGAAGGAGGUCACUAAAGCAUCGCAGGAACGCUUGGCCAGUAUUCCCGAGUUGCAGGCAGAGGUGGAUCGACUGCGUCAACACAACAAGCACCUGAACACGCUCAUUGGAGACAAGUUGCUACUUGAGGAGCAGGUGCAUGACUACAAGACGCGAUUGGACAAAGAGGAGGGCGCUCGAGCGGAGGCGGUGUCCCUGCAGGUCAAGCUCUCGCAUGUCGAGCAAGAACUCAAGGAGUGGGUUAAGGUGGCCCAGGACCACUGCCUGGCGAAUACCUUGGUGAGUCCGUUGGCCCUACGGUCGCGCAUCGAGCAACUGUUGCAAGAGGACAUAGUGCACGUUGCUGAAAAGACAACCUCCGAAUCCGACACCAAGCACUUGCAGACCACAGUGCGUGAAAUGGAGCAAAAGUGUAGCGUCUACAUGAAGAACAUCGAAGAACUCAAUAUGGGCCUGAAACGCCACAAGAACUUCAAGGAGCGACUGCAGCGCAAGCUGAUUACUGUGUCCAAGGAGCGCGACUUUUACAAGCAGAUGGUGGAGAACUUUGACAAGGAUCUGACCAUGAGCAACACGAGCAUGGCGGACAUGACGCAGGACAUGCAGGUGCGCUACCGCAUGGAGGUCCUAGAACGCACCGUCACCGCCUACAAGGAUAUGUGUGCUACACUGGAACGUGAGAUUCAGGCCAUGCGCCAACAUGAGCAGCUGGCUGAACCGUCCAGCGAGGGCUACGACAGUGUCAAGAAGGAGUUGGACACACUGCGGCUGGAGAACGAUCGGCUCCGCAGGCGCAAGGAGGAAAUGGAGCUGGAGCUUAUGCACCGUUGUCUGCGCGGCGACUUUAACAUAAAGGACUACAAGGUGGUGCAUUUUACGGAGAAUCCGGCCGCCGAAGCUUACGAAUCCGCCAAGAAUAUAAUGGAAAAACUGCAGGCGGAGAUCGAGCGCUUGAAGCGGCGCAACAAGAAGCUGGAGGACGAUCAGGAUCAGCGACUGAACGAGACCACCAGCACUGGAGGCAUGACAAUGAACUUUAAAGAGUUCAAUCAGCUGCGGGCGGAGCUGGAGUCGGCGAACGGUAAGAUGCGCAAGAUGAAGGAGUGCUUCAAAGCGGCCACCACCGAGUUCCGCGAUGUAUGCUACAUGCUAUUGGGCUAUAGGAUCGACCGCAUCGGAGCUAAUAGCAAUUAUCGCCUUUCCAGUAUGUAUGCUGAAAGUCCGGAGGACUACCUGGACGUCACCCUCAACGAAUCGAACUGCUUGGCUCUGCUCGAGUCUCCGUAUUCCCGGACUCUGAGUCCAGCUAUUGACCAGCAGCUGGCCACCAAUAACUCAUUCCCUGCGUUCUUUUCCUCCCUCACUCUGGAGCUCUUCCAGCGCCAAACAGUAACCAUUACUUAGACCUCCUAGAUGAUAGUGAUUGCAUGAGGUUCGGCCACCUCACUGGCCAGUGGCCACCUCAUAGACUGUAUACGUGUGAAAGCAAAAACAUUAAUUUACUUUCCUGGCAAGGAUUAGUCCUUUUUUUUAAAACUAAGUGGAUGCUAAAAACUUUUAAUUGAAACAUCUCAGACA